GAAGGAGGGAGGGAGAAGGAGAGAGAGGGAAAGAGAGAGAGAGAGAGAAAUGAACGGAGAUGGGCACUCUUUCUCACAUCCUAGCUUGUGCAGCAGCAAAGCUGGUGAUACAAAUAUGAGAUGUGGGAGGGACUGGAGGGAUCCUGAGAGGCGGACAGAAGGGGGUUCGGGCUGAUGGUUGUAAGCUGCCUGCUGAGUCCCCAGGAGGACCUGGACAGCUCUCCCUCCUUAGAAAACUAAACCCAAACCAAUUAUUGAGAAAGAAUUCAUUUUCAAAAGAACUGCCAGCUUCUAGAGAGACCUGGAAAAGGAGCAAGGGCCUUUCUCUUUCCGGUUGUCUUUGAUUGUCUCAAAAAUCAGGAAAUUUUGAGGACCCAGAAUUGGAGGAAGAACAUUUUCUUCCCUGUGCCCAGGGGUACUGAGACAUCUUUGAUCCCUAAGAAUCUGUAGCCCAGGAUAUUCUAGUGAUUUGGGGCGUAGGGGGUGGGAUGGAGCGAGGGUGGCAGGCAGGAUCCCUAUCCUAGACAAACCUAGGCUGGGGGAUGCCCCUCACUCCUACUCUCCCUAUGCCCCCAGCAAGCGGAAGAGAAGGCUAGCUAGUCCCUUUCCCCAGUGUCCCUUCAGGGGCCAAGAACAAGCAUCACAUGCUCCAACCAGGCAGGAUGUCUUGGGCAGCUGAAGCAGCAGCAGCAGCAGCAGCCUUCCAAGAAGCUCCUAGUCUAGCCUCGCCUAACCUAGCCACAGAGCCAGAGGGAGAAGCUUGGGCUCAGACUCUCCUCCCAUUUCCCAACCUCCUGGGUUCUCUGGGCAGCAGGCUCUGGCCUGCCCUUCAGCCGGUAAGAGCUGUGAAGAAGCAAGAAUUAUAAACCCAGGCUUGGAGGAGGCAGAGGAGAACUGAGAAACAGGAAAAACAGUUUUCAAAACCUGGGAAGGAGAGUGUUUCUUCUUCUUCGCCUCCCCUGAAAGCGAUGCUAAAUAGUGAACUCUUCUCUCCUACCUACAGAAAACCCUAGAAACAAGUCUUUCCCUUUGGUUCUCUCGUCACCACGCAGAGAGGGACGUUUAGGCACCCUUCCCUUGAGGGAAGGGGUCCAAGCAACGCAGGGGUUAACUUUUCUGAAAACACAAUUAACUUUUUCCUAUCCUGCGUGGGGAGGGGAGGGAUAUAUUUAUUUAAUCACUGGGGGAUGGGGUGGUCUCAAUCCAAAUGCUCCCUCCUCCCUCCAAGACACAGACGCCUCUUUCGCAGAUCCUACGUAGGUGGAACAGGACGCGUUGUGUUGUUGGGGGGAGAGAGAGAGAGAGAGAGAGAAACGAGAAGAAGAAGGAGGAAAAAAAAAAGGUUGAUAGGUUUGUGCGCGGGUCCCUCGCGCGGGCUGCGCUCCUCCUGGGUGCUAUUUGACAAUUCCUGCCUCUGCCAUUGGUCAGUGUUGGAUCAGAUGGUUGUAUUUCCUUCUGGCCCUCACUGGCACCUCGCCAUCCCCCCUCAGCUAAAACCCAAUCUCAGAUAUACUACUAAUAGGCGCGGCGCUCGGACUAUAAAACACAACAAAUCAUAAACCCGGCGGAGCAGCAGCGGCCGAGCGCGCCUCCCCUCCCAAUGAGUUCCUAUUUUGUGAACUCCACCUUCCCCGUCACUCUGGCCAGCGGGCAGGAGUCCUUCCUGGGCCAGCUACCGCUCUACUCGUCGGGCUAUGCGGACCCGCUGAGGCACUACCCCGCGCCCUACGGGCCCGGGCCCGGUCAGGACAAGGGCUUUGCCGCUUCCUCCUAUUACCCGCCCGCGGGCGGCGGCUACGGCCGAGCGGCGCCCUGCGACUACGGGCCGGCGCCGGCCUUCUACCGCGAGAAGGAGUCGGCCUGCGCGCUCUCGGGCGCGGAAGAGCCGCCCCGGUUCCACCCCGAGCCGCGGAAGUCCGACUGUGCGCAGGACAAGAGCGUGUUCGGCGAGGCCGAAGAGCAGAAGUGCUCCACUCCGGUCUACCCGUGGAUGCAGCGGAUGAAUUCGUGCAACAGUUCCUCCUUUGGGCCCAGCGGCCGCCGCGGCCGCCAGACCUACACGCGCUACCAGACCCUGGAGUUGGAGAAGGAGUUUCACUACAAUCGCUACCUGACGCGGCGGCGGCGCAUCGAGAUUGCGCACGCCCUGUGCUUGACCGAGCGGCAGAUCAAGAUCUGGUUCCAGAACCGGCGCAUGAAGUGGAAAAAGGAAAGCAAACUGCUCAGCGCGUCUCAGCUCAGUGCGGAGGAGGAGGAAGAAAAGCCAGCCGAGUGAAGGCGCUGGAAAGGGAGGGGGGACGCCAAGGGAGCGGCCUGCGGGGAGCCGAGGGCAUCCGAGAGCCCCCCCAGAAGGCUCUGCGGGCGGGGGCGGGGUCCCGGGGACCUGCUCUCCAGCGCGCUACAGGCGGGGCCCAGCGCUCUUCUGGAUGCCCCCGCCCCGCAGAGCUCUCACUGGGUGCUGGGAGGCCUUGCCGCCUGAGCCCACCCAGCACCCCGAGCGCCCCCUCCGUCCCUACGGAGCCGCUUCAGCCCCAGCAGGCUCCCCCGUGAGAACUGAGGACCGGACUCACUUGAUAUUUCCUGGAAGCAGAGCAAAUGCUCUGGUCCCUGUCGCGUCUCAUUUCGUCCUUGUUCCCCGUGCACGGUUCAAUGGUAGAUUCGCAGUGCCCUCAGCGGGGGGCCUCGAAGACUCCCUGACCCCAGACCUCUCCUCCCCCCCAAAAGCCACUGGAAGGAGCACAUACUACCUAGAAGUAAGAAGAGGAGCCUCAGAAGAAAACAAAGUUCUAUUUUAUUAAUUUUCUAUGUGUUGUGUUUGUAGUCUUGUCUUAGCUCUGGACGUGAAAUACUUCGGUAAUAAUAUUAAUAUUAUUAAUGAUGAUGAUGAUAAUAAUAAUAAAGAUGUAAAAACUC